GAGCAGCAGAGAGGGGAAAGUGGAGUGAUCUGGACUGCAGAAGGAGGACCGACACAGGACGCAGAGGGGACAGCUUUCUCCACACUGUCACGGUUCUGUUGGAGGGAUUUUGGUGCACUUUGAAAGAAACAGAAUCGGGAAACAGCGUGAGGCACUACCUGUACUUUGAGUGAUUUUUCUUGAAAGGGGCUCGAAAUUCCUUUUACGGGUGAAGUGGAUGUGAAAAAGCGGGUAAAAGUUUGACACAUAACCGGAGGAAUGUAUCCAACUCGGGCAGCGGCGAGCCAGUGUGAGUGGAGAUGUCCAGGCUGUGCGCCCUGGAUCGCCCUGCUCCUCUUCGGUGUGCUGGACCUGAGCGCGUCUGGGUCCGGGUUUCCCCAAGACCCCAACGUGAUAUCUACGACAUCCUGGAACGCCACUAAUGAUGGGUCCCUCUUCAUUCGUCUUGAAGCUCCCAUGAACAACAUCACCACCUCCUUAGGCCACACAGCCGAGCUUUUCUGCCGUGUGUCCGGCAACCCGAUUCCCACUGUGCGUUGGCUGAAAAACGACGCUCCGGUGGUGCAGGAGCCUCGGCGGGUCUCAUACCGAUCCACGCCUUACGGAUCUCGCCUUCGCAUCCGCAACCUGGACACCACGGACACCGGAUACUUCCAGUGCGUGGCCACCAACAGCCAGGGAACUGUGUCCACAACGGGCGUGCUGUUUGUCAAAUUUGAUCCACUCCCUACACCUCUGCCAGGACGGCCAACGGAGGAUAUUGAUGAUGAGGGAUUCUGCCAGCCAUACAGAGGGAUCGCCUGCGCUCGCUUCAUCGGCAACCGCAGCAUCUUUGUCGACUCUCUGCAGAUGCAGGGCGAGAUUGAGACACAGAUCACAGCGGCCUUCACCAUGAUCGGCACGUCCAACCACUUGUCCGACCGUUGCUCUCAAUUUGCCAUCCCCUCUCUCUGCCACUUUGCCUUCCCCACCUGCGACCGCAGCACCGGGACUGACAAACCUCGAGACCUGUGCAAGGACGAGUGCGAGAUCCUGGAGAACGACCUGUGCAAAACUGAGUACAUCAUCGCCCGCUCAAACCCAAUCAUCCUGAAAAGACUGAAGCUGCCGAACUGUGAGGACCUGGCUGCUUCAGACAGCCCUGAGGCUGCAAACUGUCUGAGGAUUGGGAUCCCCAUGGCUGAGCCCAUAAACAAGAAUCAUAAGUGCUACAACAGCAGCGGGGCAGACUACAGAGGGACGGUCAGCAUGACAAAGGGGGGACGUCAGUGUCAGCCGUGGAACUCUCAGUACCCACACAGCCACACGUACCUCGCUGUCCGCUACCCUGAGCUCAAUGGGGGACACUCGUACUGCCGUAACCCUGGUAACAAACACGAGGCGCCCUGGUGUUUCACGCUAGACGAGGGGGUCCGCAUGGAGCUCUGUGACAUCCCCAUCUGUGAUCAUAAGGAUAAGUCUGGCACUAACAUGGAGAUCUUGUACAUCCUGGUCCCCAGUGUAGCCAUCCCGUUAGCCAUCGCUCUGCUCUUCUUCUUUAUCUGUGUUUGUCGCAACAACCAGAAGUCUGCUCGGCCUCCAGCUCCCCGUCAGCCUAAACCAGUGAGGGGCCAGAAUGUGGAGAUGUCCAUGCUGGCUACAGCAUACAAACCAAAGAGUAAAGCCAAAGAGCUCCCCCUGUCUGCCGUACGUUUCAUGGAGGAGCUCGGAGAGUGCCCCUUAGGGAAGAUCUACAAAGGUCACCUGUACCUGCCGGGUAUGGACCAGGCCCAGCUGGUGGCUAUAAAGACCCUGAAGGACAUCUCCAGCGCCCAGCAGUGGAGCGACUUCCAGCAGGAGGCGGCGGUGCUGACAGAGCUGCAGCACCCUAACGUGGUGUGUCUGCUGGGCGUUGUGACUCAGGAACAGCCUGUCUGUAUGCUGUUUGAGUUUAUGCCUCAGGGCGACCUCCAUGAGUUCCUCAUCAUGCGUUCGCCUCACUCCGAUGUCGGCUGCAGCAGCGAUGAAGACGGUACGGUGAAAUCCAGCCUGGAUCACGGGGACUUCCUGCACAUGUCCUUACAGGUGGCUGCUGGGAUGGAGUACCUGGCCAGCCACUUUUACAUCCACAAAGACCUCGCAGCUCGAAACAUUCUGGUAGGGGAACAGCUCCGUGUGAAGAUCUCAGACCUCGGUCUCUCCAGAGAGAUCUACUCAUCAGACUACUACUGCAUCCAGCCUAAAACUCUGCUGCCCAUCCGCUGGAUGCCCCCUGAGGCCAUCACCUAUGGGAAGUUCACCACUGACUCAGACAUCUGGUCGUUUGGAGUUGUACUGUGGGAGAUCUUCAGCUACGGUCUGCAGCCUUAUUAUGGCUUCUCUAACCAGGAAGUGAUGGAGAUGGUGAGGAAGAGGCAGCUGCUGCCCUGUCCAGAGGACUGCCCGCAGAGGUUUUAUGGUUUGAUGACUGAAUGCUGGCAGGAAGGACCUUCUCGUCGACCCAGGUUCAAGGACAUCCACGCCCGCCUAAGGGCCUGGGAGGGGAUGUCAUCCCAUGCCAGCUCCAGCACACCCUCUGGUGGUGGAGGCAACGCUACCACACAGACCACCUCACUCAGCGCCAGCCCCGUCAGCAACCUCAGCAACCCUCGCUACGCUGCAGCCGCAGCAGCUGCUGGGUACCUCUACCCUGCCCAGGCUAUCCCCUCCCCGGGUCAGAUGGCUCCUAUCCCAGCCUGGACGCCCAUGGCUGUACCGCAAACGCACCAACGCUUCAUCCCUGUCAACGGGUACCCCAUCCCGCCAGGAUAUGCAGCUUUUCCUGCCCACUUUCCUCCUCCUGUCCCUCCUACAAGGGUCAUCCAGCACCACCUGCCCCCUCCAAAAAGCCGCUCCCCGAGCAGUGCAAGCGGCUCCACCAGCACGGGUCAUGUUAGCGGCGUGCCCUCCACCACAGGCUCCAAUCAUGACGCCAAUACGCCGCUGCUCUCCCACUGCAUCAUGCCAGGGAGUGGUGGUCAGGUUCAGAUGUAUGGACAAGUUUCCCAGAAAGCAAUGGGACAGAUGGACCACCCGUCACAAACGUCAGCACUGCUCGCUGCUGAUUCUGACGUACUGAUGUACAACGACUCGGUCAUCACAGCGGACCUGUAGAUCGUUAAAGCUCACACUUUCUGCUCUGGACCCUAGAAGGAGAAUUUCUCACCAAAGGGACCCAAUCAGACUAUUUGACUCUGGUCACAUGGAGAUUUAACAGAAACUGCUCGGUACGCACAUUUAAGUGUGCAACAAACACUGCCGCAGCUACACACGUAUACACAGAGCUGUGUGACUUUUUACUGCCUUAUUGUUUAAAGCAAGCGUACUUAACUACCAUGAUUUGAAAAUGUUGUGCUAUUAUUUUAACCUCUGUGUAAAUACGGUACAUAAGUCCUGAAUGAAUGAAUGAAAUACAAAGAUAUAUAUUCAUAAGAACUUUUAUCAAGGACACUCUUUAAAAGGUGAAAAAGUAGCAAGUCCACCCUGUCCUUAAAAAAGACAAAUCGUUCCUGUUUCAGUUACAACGCAAGAUGUGAAGGAAAAACACUGAUGCUCAUCUUCUGACCUUUUAGGUGCCUCUCAUCAGUGGUGCGACCUGCUUAUUUCUGGACACUAAAACACAAACAAGUGCAUUGGUUUGCCUGGAUGGUAAAGAAAACCACAUGACAGCAGACAAAUCAGAGAAGAGGAUCAUCAGCUUUUUGAAGAACAGCUCAAAUACAAUGACAAUGUAUAGAAAUGACUAGGGAUGGAAAUUGUUCUUUUUAUUGAUACUGGCAUUCUGCUGGAUCCUGUUUAAAGAUCUGAGUCCCUGUCAAUACUGAUUUUGAUGCUUUUUUAUCAUCAAAACCUCCCCUCCAAACAGAUUUACUUAUUCAAGUUUCUCACUAAAACCUAAUUUCCUUUCCUUGAAGCUACAUUGGAAUACACUGUGAUGAUGUUUGAUUUACCCUUGCCUAAGUAAUUUUACUGACCCAGCCUUCAGGACUAACUGCAAAGUUUGGGAUCUUGCCAUGACUGCUUUGAGAGAGAUACCUGUCUGCAGACAACAAACAUUUGUAAGCACAUGCACAGUUGACUCCUGUUGGUGCAUAACUUUUGGAAGAAAAACAAUAGCAAGAGAUAGAUAUGUUUUUAAAAGAAACAAAGAGGUUGAUGUACACAGAUGAAGCAAGAAGGCCUUACUUGCUUGCUAAUGUAAGAUUUAUUUAUAAAUGAUAAUGUAAUUUGUUCAAAUACCCUAGCAAAAGCUGGGAAAAGUACAAGCAUUUGAACAAUUGGCAAACUUUGAAAGACUUGAUAUCCUCCGUUUUAUAAGAUUGAUUAUAACUGAUGUUUCUCAUUUUUACAUAAUUUUUAAAGACCCAAAAAGACUGUUACUCUGAGACACCCUACCCCCAUUACUGUGAAUUGCUGCAUCUGUCAGAAUGUGAAUACAUGCUAAAACUUUUAAAAUAAAAUCAUAUUCAGUAAGGUUAGGGUUAGGGUUAAGGUUAUGGUUAGGAUACAAAAAGUUUAAAAUCUGACCUACAAAAUCUAAUAACAACAUGAUAAAUAAAGCGGAGUAAACGGUCCGCUUACAGGAAAAAAGCUUGUUCUCUGUGAAAACAUUCUAAUAUAACAAAUGUAGCUCUGUUAGCACAGUAAGCUACAUAGAUUACAGAGCUAUAUAGCUAACAUAGCCAAAACUAGAGCUCAUGAAGCUCAUGGAUGUCAAUACUAACAGAACUACAAAGCUAAUGUUAGCUAAGCUACAUAUCUAUGCAGAUUAUGCUGCUAUGUUAGCUUUAGCUACAUUUGCAAAAGCUCACAUUGCUAAAGCUAACUUGGAUACAUGGGCUUUCAUGGUAACAUUAACUAUAUAGCUAUUGAGCUAUGUUAGCUUAGGCUGGCCACACACUACAGGAUUUUAAGCUCGAUUUGGGGCAAGAUUUGACUCCCCCGACGAUCGUACCGACUGGAGCCUCGUCGCAAACGAUUAUUUGUCUGAGUAGUCUGCAUGUGUGUAGUGUCAACACGAUUAAUUCACUGCUCCAAAUCACGCCAUAGCCUCCCAAACCCUGAAUUGUAAAUAUCAAACAUGUUUGACAUUUACAAUUCUAAGUUGUAGUGCUGCUGACAGAGUACCCACAACAACCAAUGAGGGCGAGCACACCAGGUAGUGUCACCAGACAAAUCAUACGUACUCUCAAUGCUCACAACCAUAAACACAAUGGUACCUUAAUUCCAGCCAGGAUUUCGUCCUGAGUCUUUUCCAUGUUUUAUGAUUGUUGCUGCACCUGUGACGCACGCCAGGACACUAUGUUGUGGAGAGACAGCAAGACGGUAUUGACAGACAUCCGUGUUUUUUUUCUUAAGUCAUGUCAUCACGCGAGGUCGUAGGCAGGUUGGCAGGUGUGGUCUCCAGUGAUCUGACAA